AUGGAAUGGAGACAACCAACCUCAAUAACUGAGAUAAGGAGUUUUCUGGGCUUGGCUGGCUACUACCGAAGAUUCAUCAAAGGCUUUUCACAAAUAGCUUUGCUAUUGACAAAGUUAACCUGCAAGGAUGCACCGUUUGUUUGGACUCCUGAGUGUGAGGAGAGCUUUCAGGCGCUGAAGCAAAAGUUGACCACCGCGUCUAUGUUGGUGUUACCUGAGCCAAAUGAAUCAUUUGAGAUCUCAAGUGACUUUAAAUCCCAACUCCUAAAGGCUCAUGAAAACGAUGACGUGUUACCGAAGGUGUUACCAGUUAUUGAGCAAGGAAAGCGGUGGAGAGUGUCAGAGGAUCAGGAUGGGCUAUGA